CAGAUGGCCUCUAUAACCAGGAUCAAACCAUUAUAUAUUUAUUCCCUUCUCCUUCCUUAUUAUUCCUAAUUACGUCUUGAGUUUGUGCUUCCUGAGAUCAUAUUGCUAGCUCAGGUGUCAGCCAGUGGCAAGUACUUGACUAGUUUAGUUGAGCAGAUUUCACUCAUAUUUAUUUACAACGUGUGUUAAACUACCUACAAUGGAUGUACAGUCUCCUGCUAGCUAUUCUCUACAUGCCCCCCCUGAUAAUCAAAUCUAUUAUAAUCAAGGCAAUCAACUGUAAUUUUAUUUCACACAAUGCAGAACUUAAACUGCUCCCUAGGUAGCAAAUAGCAGGGCUUAUUUGCUAACACAAGAACAAAGCAUAAAGUUAUGUGCAAUUUUGCUCAUGCCCAUCAGGAGCAAGUAACAUUCAUUUUUAUAUUUUAGUAGUUUCCAAGAUAUAAGUAGUGUUAGACUGCUAAUAGACGACUUUGGGCUCAACUUGCACUUAAUCAAUGUAUAACUAAUAAAUGGUCAGCACUCAGAACACCGUAUAUAAGGUGCAUGUCAAUUGUCAGCCUCUCCCGGCCAGACUUGAAGCACAAAAUUCAUGUAGACAGCACCAUACAGUGAAAUUAAAAAGCCUUUAUUGUUGAUUAAUAUUCUUAGACAGAAAUACAGUGAUGUUUCAGGCUUACAACAACCUUUCCUCAAGCUCAACUUGCACCUAUGUGUACUACAUCCAACCAUUGUCUGGCACUUCUUCACCCGUUCAGCCUCGUUCGAUGAAUGCCGUGCAAAUUGCAAAGGAAUUCUGGGGAAAAGUUUAGCACUUUGCCCAUAACACGUCUUUGAUAAAAUUAAAUUUCUUUGUUUUGAUGAAAAUGCUUAAUUGCAAGCACAUUUAUUUUUUUACCUUUUUGGUCCAUUUCAGCUUAUGUAUAAAAUGUUGCCAUUUCUAUAUACAUUGUCCCUAAGGGAGACUGAAAACUAUGUUUAUGGAAAAAUGAGAAUAAUAUUUUUCAUGAGUAAAGUAGAAAAAUGUUGCGGGGAGCAGGUAGCAGCUGAGCAUUAAAGUCCCUUCUUUUGGGUAUCCGUGAAAUAAAUGCUUAGCAUAAGACCAUGAUGUAUAUCUUCAUUAUUACCUAUAGAAAUAAUUAUGGAAUAUAACAGUGGAUGUGAAAAAGUGCGUCUAUACUAAUUAUUGGCAAUGUUUUCGAAUUUUUAGGAAUCUGCAGUGAACCUCGUGUAGGAUUAGGGGAAGACGUCAGAGAAAUGUAUAAAAGGCAAGUUUAGCAGUGUAGCUGUUUCAGUAGCAUAUUGAUUUUACAACGAAUUAUGGCCUUUGGAUUGUAAACUUUUAGAAGCAUGGUCCUUUAAUCCCAUUGUCUAAUUUUGGAAUUUUGUUAUGACAAAUCAAUGUUUAACUUGCUGGUUCUGUAUAACUAAAUGAUGAUGAUGAUGAUGAUUAAAUUUUUUUCCCCACAGAUGAACAAGCAUGGCUUAUCUCACAUUACCUGAUUUUAGAAACGUCAAUAUUUGCUUGUAAUCCUCCUACAACAACUGCAUCAUGCUCACCGGGCAUGUUUGCGUUUUUCAUUAUUCCUUUGUAUUAUUAUGAAGCUCAAUAAACAGCUGCUUUUACUGUGACUUGUGUGCCUCCCCCAGCACCAAAAGAAAUAAAUAAAUUAAAAAAAAAAGCUUAGUAAUAAUGCAUGCGGCCAAGUGAAUGCGUCAUGGAGAUGGGAAGAAGUCCUUAAAUGUUUAAUAAACUCGUUUCUUUGUCUAGAGCUUUGUAUGGGAUGCUAUUAAUAACCAAGCUGGUAGAUACCCAUCGUAUCUGUUACUAUAGCAUCUCCACUUGUAUCAGGGACGCGUGACAACCUAGGAGGGCUGUUAUCAGGUUUCAAGAUCCUGGAGCAUUGAUUGGGCAGAAAGUAAUAUUUUAUGGUGUGCUUUCGUUUCAUUAAAAAUGUGCAUUAAUACCAGAGCCCUGCUGCUCUCCGUGAGCUAAUUUUCAUUCUCAUGAGCAUUAUUGUAUAGGAUCUAUGAGAUAAGUUUUCCCAAGUCCGUUGUUGUUUUGAAUGGCAUCAGAUAACAUUGCCCUGGUUCUUGACUAUGCCUGAUGUGGGUAUAAGGUUGAUUAGCUAGCAGCACUGUGUGUGUGUGAUGUGUGCAGCUGUCAUCCAUCCCUCCACAAUAAGGAUCACUAGAGGCAGAGCUCUUCAUCAGCUUCACUGGAUAGACACUUCCACUGACCUGAUCACUGAAUCUGGAUCUCCUAUACAUUACCCUGGAUAGCCUAAGUUCAGCAUUUGAAGCUGCAACUAACAAACAAAAGCUGAUUAUUUAAAGGAGAAUUUCAACAAGCAAUGCACUUGGAUAUUACAUUUCAGUAAGGAGCUCUGUGCAGGCGAUGAGUGGACUAUCUCCAAGUGGCACUCUUAGCUCUGUAAGGUGACGGUUAGAAUGAAUGGUUUGUAACGUUGGUACUGGCUAUAUACAUUUACAAUGCCUUUCCAAGCGCUCAGCUCAUUCAAAGAAAAAAUCUUCAGCCCCGGAAAAGAGGAAGUGAAGAACAACGUCGGGGACUCAUUGGGGAACCUGCAAAGGAAAAUUGAUGGGACGAAUACAGAAGAGGAAAAUUUUGAACUUGAUGAAGAUGGGAGACCUGUGCAAGCUCCGACUCAGCCACCCCCAAGAUUUGACUGCUACUGUUGUGGACUGCCCAAGAGAUAUAUCGUUGCCAUUAUGAGUGGCUUGGGCUUUUGCAUAUCUUUUGGAAUUCGGUGUAAUCUUGGUGUGGCCAUUGUAGAAAUGGUGAAUAACAACACUGUCUAUGUUGAUGGAAAACCAGAGAUACAGAAAGCCCAGUUCAACUGGGACCCAGAGACGGUCGGCCUCAUCCAUGGUUCAUUUUUUUGGGGUUACAUCAUAACCCAGAUACCAGGAGGGUUCAUUGCAAACAAGCUUGCUGCCAAUAGGGUGUUUGGUGCUGCUAUAUUUUUAACCUCAAUUUUAAAUAUGCUGAUACCAUCUGCGGCCCGGGUCCAUUAUGGAUGUGUUAUAUCAGUUCGGGUUCUCCAAGGCCUUGUUGAGGGCGUUACCUACCCAGCAUGUCAUGGAAUGUGGAGUAAAUGGGCGCCUCCACUGGAGAGAAGCAGACUGGUUACUACUUCAUUCUGUGGAUCAUAUGCUGGUGCAGUCAUUGCAAUGCCAUUGGCAGGUGUGCUGGUGCAAUACGUUGGUUGGUCCUCUGUAUUUUACAUUUACGGUGUAUUUGGCAUGUGUUGGUAUGUGUUCUGGCUGCUGCAUGCCACAGAGAGUCCAGCUGCACAUCCUUCUAUCACAUUUGAAGAAAGAACUUACAUAGAGACAAGUAUAGGAGAAGGAACCAGCACAACUAGUAAAUUCAAGACACCCUGGAAGAAAUUUUUCACCUCAAUGCCAGUCUAUGCAAUCAUUGUAGCAAAUUUCUGCAGAAGCUGGACCUUUUAUUUGUUGCUAAUUAGUCAACCUGCUUACUUUGAAGAGGUCUUUGGCUUUCCCAUAAGCAAGGUUGGCCUGCUUUCUGCAGUUCCACACAUGGUAAUGACAAUCAUUGUACCUGUGGGGGGACAACUGGCUGAUUUCUUGAGAAGCAGAAAGAUUCUCUCCACAACGACCGUCAGGAAAAUCAUGAACUGUGGAGGUUUUGGAAUGGAGGCAACUCUCCUCCUGGUGGUUGGUUAUUCCCAUACCAAGGCCAUGUCGAUAUCAUUUUUAGUCCUUGCUGUGGGGUUUAGCGGCUUUGCUAUAUCAGGUUUUAAUGUCAACCAUUUAGAUAUUGCACCAAGGUAUGCCAGCAUUCUGAUGGGCAUAUCUAAUGGUGUUGGAACCUUGUCUGGGAUGGUGUGUCCACUCAUUGUUGGUGCAAUGACAAUACACAAGACACGGGAAGAAUGGCAAAAUGUAUUCCUGAUUGCUGCAAUAGUCCAUUACAGUGGAGUUGUAUUCUAUGGAAUAUUCGCUUCAGGAGAGAAGCAGGAUUGGGCUGAUCCCGAAAGCCUUAGUGAGGAUAAAUGUGGGAUCAUUGACAACGAUGAACUCCAAGAAGAAACUGAGCUGAAUAAUGAAUCCUUCGCUAGCCCGAAUAAAAAAUCCAGCUAUGGAGCUACCAUUCACAGCAAUGAAACACGCAGAAAGGGAUGGAGAAGCAAAAAGGAAAUGACGCAGGAUAUAGACGAACAAAAUUUCUAUCAGCAUGAAAAUGGAAAUUCUGAUUUGUCCUAAUUCCAGGAAACAACGAGUAUGUGAACAGAUUCCAUAUUUACUUUUCUUACCUGCUUUUAACUGGGACUUGGGUUGGUAAUACAAAAGGCAUUGUUGUCCGUAGGAGUUACUGAAAUAUCACCUGAACAUGAAAGAGCUACAUAUUUUUUUAAUGGAUAUGAAUUAAAAUGGUAAACAGGUAUCAUUGCUAUUAAAAUAAUUAUAUUUUCCUCCCACCAAGAGAGAAGAUCCAUACUCUGUUUUCAUCUAUUGGAUUUCCAGCCACGUGAAUAUAUCUGUAAAUACAUAUAUUUGUGUGUGUUUGUUUAGAUGGUUGUACAUGUUCAUGCAUGUGUCAAGUUUUACUUCUUUUUUGAUCAAUGUUUGGGAACGUUCUGAGGGAUCUAUACAAAUAACACAUAUUUAGAAAAAUACCUAGAGUGACAGUCUAGCCAAUGUACACCAGCUGUUGCAACUUGCCCAGCAUCCCUCUGGCAAUUCUGCUGCAGGGAGUGUAGUUCUGCAGUAGGUGCAAUGCCAAUAUUGCCUCACACUGUCAUACGGUUAUUAAGCAGGCUGGUUGAACUAAGAUUUCCUGGAUACAUGUACUGAUAGCCGAGGCCUAGUUAUAAUUUCCUAUUUCAAAGCUGAGGAUGAGCUGAAAUACUUUUUAAGCAAUAAUUACAUAUACAAUAGAGGAGAGGACACCGUAGAUGUGUGAGACUGCUGAUCUCUACUCACAGACAGCACCAGCAACAGGAUUCUUUGGUUAAAACGCCUUUAUUGGAACAUGUGCUCUGACCCAGAUAUCGAAGCUAAAGCUGAAUUCAUGGAGUGUGCUGCCUAAACUACUUGUUAGACUGCUGAUGUUUGAAAUAUUGCCCUCUUCUGUGAAUCUUGCCUUUGCUUGAGUGUCAACAGAGAAAGAUGGAUAUGUUUUCUCUUUGGAAUUUAGCAUAAAAGAGUUUUCUAUAACAAUUGUUUUAUAAUAAUUGUGUAACUCAUUUGUCAGUAAGUAAAAAGAGUCUAAACUAUACUAUACUAUACAAUAGUCUUUAGCUAGCUAGUACUAUCUGAAGGGUUACAAGACCACGACCAUGUGACCAUGACCAUGACCAAAGUUUGGAUUAAAUUCAGUUCUUGCAUGGAAAAAACCCCAAAUACUUGGCCAACCAUUGCUUCAGCCAACCAACCAAUAUACAUGAACUAAAGAUAUGUUUGCAUGAAAAUUAUGUACGUUGGCCAUUUGGUAGGAUUAACAUAAUGCAGCCACAAAACCUGCUUCCACAAGAAACCUGCAUUAUUUUUAAAAUGUACCCUUUUUACUUCAUUACUGCCUGGUGAAGUUGUCUGAUAUUAGCUAUGGGAUUGGAAGAGGCUUAAUUUCCACAUUCUUAGUAUAGUCCAAGACAAAAAAUGGAUGUAAAAAAAUUUCUCAUGCAUUAGCUGCAGUUCUAGCUGCGAGUUGCAACAAAUGCCUGUAUGCCUUCGUUCAAGGGUUCUCUUUGCGUGUUGUGUAUUUGGCAAAAGAAGAUGCUCAUUCCAUGCCCUUGUGGCACAAUAAUAUUGCUGAAGAGCUUUGCGAAGAGGCACAAGAGUUGCAUCUAUAUCAUCCAUAUUAUUUUUUGGCAGGAGAAAUGGUGCUGGAAUUCUGAGAAGAAAAGUCAACCUCAUGGGCAAAAAAAUGACAGUAAAUUAUGCUGAUUGUGAUACUUUGCACCUUGCCCACUCCAAGUAAAUGAAGCCUGAGAAUUUUUAAAAAGGGUCUUCCAAAAGUUCCAAUCAGUAUUACAGGAUUUCUAAAUUGUUUUGCAUUUAAAAUAACGACUAGUAAAUAUCCCGACCCCACCCCUUGGCCUGUUGAUUCUAGGGAAAAACAACAAUAUUUACUAUAGUUUAGUUGUUGAUACUUUCUACGAAACCAUAGCGAGUAUUGACAUCGCUUCCCGCUCCCAUUUGUGACACUAUAUCUAGAUUUCUUUAUCUCUUUUGUUUAUCCCACAUGUGUAUGUGUGGUCCAUUGUGUGGAUUGUUUUUGCUGUCUAGAUCCUGGUGCAUUCCAAAUAAAUUAUUUUGAG